UGUUGUAACUCCCAUCCUAACCAAACUUUUCAUUCGUUCACUCACUUGCUCAACAUUUCCAUCAACCUGGAAGUCUGGCAAAGUAACAGCGCUUUUUAAAUCUGGAGACCAAUCCAAUGCUAGCAAUUACAAACCAAUCACGAUACUCCCAACAAUCAGUAAAGUUCUCGAGAAAGCAGUUCACUCUCAAGUUUACCGCUACCUUAUUGACAAUAAAAUACUAACACCACGACAGUUUGGUUUCAGACCUAAACUUUCCACUGAGAUUGCGCUCGCACAUUUCACGGACAUCAUUUUGGCUAACAUGGACAAGGGUUUAGUAACCGGAGCUGUUUUUCUUGACCUGGCUAAAGCCUUUGAUAGUGUCGACCAUUCUCUUUUACUUGAAAAGCUUGCCUCAUCUGGUCUCUCCAAUGAUUCUGUCAACUGGUUCAAGUCAUAA